AUGGCGACCAGAGAAAACUCGUCAGAAGCAGGGGAGGGAAAUCCCCGGAUCACUCCACCUUCCAGUCGUCGCCAAUCCCGCAUUGAUCGGGGCAGAGUUAUUAGAUCCGUCGAUAAGUUGACCACCGACUUGGUCAUCCAGUGUGCCGACGUGUGGGCUGCCCUCGUUGCUUGCGACCUAAAGGGUCAAUUGCAAAAUGGAAAUCCCUCGAGCCUGUGGGCACUCGUUUUCAAGGAUGGGUGGAAGUCCGACGACGACCAAGUGGCCCGCGAGCGUCCUCCGAAUAUCGCAAAUCGCACUUCUGGCGCCUCAAUGACCCAGUGCGGCAUCUUCGGCCAGGAUCUCCCCGUGCCACCCAAGGGGAAGGUUCCUCACAAUCGUCUUAAAGGAGACCCGGCUUUUGUCAAGGUACAUGGCGGAGGCUUGGCGGGGAAAUUUAAUUUCUUCAUCUGCGACUCUCGGGGACGACUGGCCAACGAGGCCUUCGUCGAGUUUUUUGACGGCGAGAAAUUGAGCAUUUUGUCAGCAUGGGGAUCACGCGGGAAGUUUGUGCCCCUCGCUUUGACAAGAGGUGGCUUGGCUGUCUUCCGCCGCAUUGCCGACAACCUCGACAUGAAGAUUGCGGAACAACGCAUCGAGGCCGAGGAGCACAUGUAUGGUUAG